GCUGAGGAGGCGCGUCGGUCCCUGCUGGGUGAGGGAGGAAAGGUGGAGGUGCGCCUGCUGGACCUUUCCAGCCUACAGUCCGUCAGGGACUUCGCUGCUGGACUUGUCAAGGAUAACAUCAAAGUCCACAUCCUCAUCAACAACGCAGGGGUGUUUAUGUGUCCGUACAUGGAGACGCAGGAGGGCUUCGAGAUGCAGAUGGGCACAAACCACCUGGGCCACUUCCUGCUCACGAACCUCCUCCUGCCGCAGAUGAAGCAGCACGGCGAGCCCGCCAGGAUCAUCAACGUGUCGUCUACCGCUUGUCUCGGGGGUAAGAUCGACUUGGAUGACUUGUUCCAAAAGAAGAAGCCAUACGACGCCCUGCAGAGCUACAGCAACAGCAAACUCGCAAACGUCCUCUUCACCAGACGCCUCGCGCACCUCCUCAGAGGCACGAAGAUCCAGGUGUUCGCUCUACACCCCGGCAGCGUGGUCAGCUCAGCCACGCGCCACGUGAUGUCUUCGACGUUCUUUAAAGACUACGUCAUUAGUUUGGCGCUCAAGACGACGCUGGAGGGCGCACAGACUACCGUCUACUGUGCUACUGAAGCCCAGCAGCACAGCGAGAUGUACUUCAGCGACUGUGCCGUGGGCUGGGCGCCGGACGCCUCCAAGGACGAGCGACUGGCCGAGGACUUGUGGAAGCUGUCAGCCCAGCUCGUCAAGCUGGACGAGUGACUUGAGAAGUGAAGGAACGACGUCUUGCUUACCGAGUGACCGACAAUAGCCCCAAAUUGUUUAUGAACGUCCAUGCUCUUUGGAUAACUAGUUUCUGGAGCGUGCCAAUUGCCAACGUUAAUCCACUGACGGAGGCACUUGUGUCAAACGGAACAACGGCUUUCGCGCUUGUGUCAAACGUCGCUGUUGAUUUUACACUGCAGGCGAUGAAGUCGAAUACUGUAUUUUGAUAUAAAUUAAUGUUUUCUCACAAGGAAGUUUGAAAUGAUUUGUACAUUCUAAAUAAAUGCAUAAAAAUUAGUAAAUAUUUCCGUCC